UCUCGCGUCACAUUUCUCUCGGAAGCGUAACUUCAUAGUCGUGCUUGAAUUGUGUAUUGAAACGCUUAGCCGUACAUUUACAUGAUCACUACCAUCAUAUACAAGUUAUAAUGGCUGCAUCAAAUACUUCCUUGAAGAUGAACAGAAAAUUACUGGAUCCAGACUUUGAAAGUUAUCGGCUGUCUUUGGAUCCUUUGCCAACGUAUAACAUAGAAUUAGAUGCUGCUGUGGCGGAAGUUAAACUGAAGGACAAUCAGUACACUUUGGAUCAUAUGCGUGCCUUUGGAAUGUACAACUACCUGCUAAUUGAUCCCUGGUAUGAUGAUAGUGUCUACUUCAUGGACUGCAUGGGCAGGGUGCUCAAUCUCACUGUAACAUUGGACACAGCACUGGGGAAGCCUAGGGAGGUGUACUGCGUGCUCCAGGACCAAAACCAGUCUGAGAAUCGUCUGUGUGCUUCCCUCAGCCUCACCUCAGCUACCUGGGCUGCUUUCUCUGAUGGAACUGGCAAGCUGUACCUCCUGCACACUGGAAAGAGGGGCGAGGGUGCCUUCAGCAGGUGGGAGCUCAUGUUCUGUGAGGACAUGGGAGAACCCUUCAUCAUUGUCCACAGCCUUGCUCACCUCCAUGGUGAAACCCAUUCAGUGGAACUGGCUCUGCUGCGCGUCCAGAGGGGACAAUCAGAUGACAGGGGGAGUGGCUUUUUUGUUUCUUUGGAGUGGCUUACAAUCAAUAACUCAAAAGAUCAUGGUGAGGGAAAAAAGUAUGGAGUGAGCAGGAGGAGGUUGCUGCAAGGAAAGUCUGUGCCUCAUUAUGCUGCUGUGGAGCCGCAGGGGCUUGGCCUGAUGGUGCUGUCAGAAAAGCCCUUCAGAUUUACACAAGUUGAUGGGAAACCGUUGGUCCAGUCUGCACCGGAGGCCAUGGAGCUGGGGCAAAAAACAGAUACCAUCUAUAUUUGGCAACAAACAGCUGAAGACAUAACAGUUACAGUGCAUCUGCCAAAUGAUACCACUAAGGAAGACAUUGAGUUCAAGCUAUCCACAGAUAGUCUGUCUGUGAGGGUUCAGGGAUGCACCCCUAUAAUAGACGGGCGCCUGCAUGCUUUGGUGGAUCCCACAGCCAGCACAUGGAAUAUGAAAGAUGACAAAAGCCUGGAAGUCUUCCUGCAGAAGACGAACAUAGGCCCCAUGUGGCCAGAGCUUUUGAUCAGGGAUAGGAAAGAGGAGAGUGUGGUGAACCCAGGCCUGAAUGAUGUCAAUGCUGGAGACACGGUUGAGGACCCAGAGAAAGAUAAACCUCCAUGCAAUGUUCAAGAGUUAGAGGACUGUGAUACCUUCCCUGAGGACAGCUCUAGCCUGAUGCGAUUCGAUGGAGAGACACUGAAUCCUACCCAUGUGGUGAAUCUGGGAAGUCACCAGUUUCUCUUUGCUGUUGACAUCAGUCAAUCUGAGAUGCCCUGUUUCUGUCUACGCCAUGAUGUGGAUGCCCUUGUGUGGCAGCCCCGUCCCACCCAGCCAGACAACAUGUGGGAGCAUAUUGCCACCUUCAAUGCCCUCGGAUAUGUCCAGGCAUCAAAGCGUGAUAAGAAGUUCUCCACCUGCGCUCCUAACUUUUCCUAUGCUGCCCUGGGAGAGUGCCUGCGGAGGGUAUUUAUUUAUCGGCAGCCCACUCCUGUGGACACUGUGCUGUUCAACAGAAAGCAAGGCAGAAAAGUGGGUCAGGUGGCCAAGCAACAGGUUGCAAGCCUGGACUCCAACGAUACAGUCCUGGGCUUCAGAGCCACCAAUGAACGACUCUUUGUCUUGACCUCAAGAAACCUUUUUGUUUUGAGGGUCAAUAAUUAGCUGUAGAAUCAAUACCUGUUCCAUCUCCCAUUCCACAGAGAAAUUUCACUUAUGUCUGAUGUUGUCAUGUUUUUUUAUCCAAAGUAUAAUUCACACAUAAUAUCAUGGCCUCCUUGGUGUCUCAUGAUUGUAGAAACUACAGAAAUAUCUUCUUUAUUAUUAACAUGGAAUAGAAGAAUGCAAUAAAAAUGGCAACUUCAA